GACGGGAUGGGCGAAUCCAAACGCGGAGGGGCGCCGGACGCUCAUGGCCUUACGCUGCUACCGCGCGUCCCGCUUUGCUCCAUUGUUUCGCCCCCGGUUUGGGGCCAGUGGACCCGUCCCGAGGGGGCUACUAUUCGAGAUCUGCGCACAAGAGGGAGCGGUCUGGCUGGUCGGUGGUAUCUCCCCCAGAGACCCGGGGAGUGGCAGUUUUAGGGGCGAGCAAGAGAUGCUAUUAGGCUGUCCUUCUAUCAAGUGUGAGAAGUUGGCCUGGAGAUGCAAAACUUCGUUCUAUACGAGGAGAUCGGCAGAGGAAGCAGGACCAUUGUCUAUAAGGGGCGACGGAAGGGAACCAUCAAUUUUGUAGCUGUUUUUUGCACAGAUAAGUGCAAAAGGCCUGAAAUAACAAACUGGGUCCGUCUCACCCAAGAAAUUAAACACCAGAAUAUCGUAACCCUUCACGAGUGGUAUGAAACCAGCAAUCAUCUCUGGCUGGUAGUGGAACUCUGCACAGGCGGUUCCUUAGAAAUGGUCAUUGCUCAAGAUGAAAACCUCCCAGAAGAUGUUGUGAGAAGCUUUGGGAUUGACCUGAUUACUGGAUUGCAUCAUCUUCAUCAGCUUGGCAUUCUCUUUUGUGACCUUUCUCCUGGGAAGAUUCUCUUGGAAGGGCCCGGCACGUUGAAGUUUAGUAAUUUCUGCCUGGCAAAAGUGGAAGGUGAAAAUUUGGAAGAUUUCUUUGCUUUGAUGGCAACAGAAGAAGGAGGAGGUGACAGUGGGGAACGUGUACUGAAGAAAAAUAUGAAAAGUAGAAUCCGAGGAUCGCUUGCUUACACAGCACCCGAAAUUGUGAAGGGCACCGACUUCUCCGUCGCCAGCGACCUCUGGUCUUUGGGCUGUCUGCUGCAUGAGAUGUUUUCAGGAAAACCUCCAUUCUUCUCAGAAAGUGUUUCAGAAGUAAUUGAAAAGAUUAUUCAUAAAGCUCCUUCGCCACCUAUUCCAAAAGAUUCUUCUCUUCCUAAAGCGUCUCCAGAUUUUAUGAAUUUGCUGGAUGGUUUGCUUCAAAAGGAUCCUCAGAAAAGAUUAACGUGGGCAGGCCUGCUGCGGCAUCCGUUUUGGAAGGAUGCUUUUACUCGAAAAGAUCAGGACUCGAGCACCGAGGACUCCAGCAUCAGCAGAAACAUGAUGGAAUGUUCCAGGUCACAAGAUGCCAAGGAGCUUGUGAGGAGCCCCCCGAGCGGACAAGCCAGAGGGGAGAGGAGUGGCCAGCGGCCGAGUCGCUCUUGGAGACUAGAAGAUCCAGCUGAGCUGCGGCCUAAGAAUACUCUUGGGGGCCAACUGAACGAGUCCAUGUUCCUUCUCAGUUCCCGUCCUACGCCGCGAACCAGCACUACCGUGGGGUCAAGUCCAGGUGUGGAUGUGACCCAGAGUUCACCGCAGAAGGCGCCUCCUUUGACCAAGACCACAGGUGGGCACCUGAGCCAGCAGGACAUGGAAUCCCAGAUGAGGGAGCUCAUCUACACAGACGCAGAACUCAUCGUCACGCCGAUUAUUGACAAUCCCAAGAUCAUGAAACAACCACCAAUUAAAUUUGAUCCAAAAAUAUUGCAUCUACCAGCAUAUUCAGUGGACAGGUUAGCGUCCCUGAAAGACCAGGACUGGAACGACUUUCUGCAACAAGUGUGCUCGCAGCUCGACUGCCCUGAGAAGACCAUGGGCGCCUCCCGGGUCAAGCUGAACCUCCUGAGCUACCUGUGCGUGGUGGCCGGUCAGAGGGAGGUGGCCGCCAGGCUCCUGCACUCCCCCCUGUUCCACUUGCUAAUCCAGCAUUUGCGAAUGGCUCCAAACUGGGAUAUACGGGCCAAGGUCGCUCGCGUGAUUGGUCUACUGGCCUCACACACAGCCGAACUUCAAGAACAUGCACCUGUUAUUGAGGCAAUUACUCUCCUAACCGAAUUAAUUAGGGAAAACUUCAGGAACAGCAAAUUAAAACAGUGCCUGUUGCCAGCCCUCGGGGAGCUGCUCUAUCUGGUGGCCACCCAGGAAGAAAAAAGAAAGCACCCCCGAGAAUGCUGGGCCGUCCCCCUGGCUGCGUACACGGUGCUAAUGAGGUGCCUUCGGGAAGGGGAGGAGCGUGUGGUGAACCACAUGGCAGCGAAGAUUAUCGAGAACGUCUGCACCACCUGCUCUGCGCAGGCCCAGGGCUUCGUCACGGGAGAGAUCGGACCCGCCUUAUGGUACCUCUUCAGACACUCCACUGUCGAUUCUCUCAGGAUCACAGCAGUAUCGGCCCUGUGCAGGAUCACUCGCCACUCCCCUUCCGCCUUCCAGAACGUCAUUGAGAAGGUGGGCCUGACCACCGUGGUCACCGCCCUGGCCUCCGCCAUCUGCAGGGUCCAGCAGUACCUCCUCACCUUGUUCACCGCCCUGCUGUCCUGUGGGGUCCACCUGCAGAGGCUGAUCCAGGAAAAGGAUUUUGUCUCUACAAUUAUCCGUUUGCUUGACAGCCCCUCAACUUCCAUUCGAGCCAAAGCCUUCCUGGUUCUUUUAUAUAUUUUGAUCCAUAACCACGAGAUGCUGCUGCCCAGCUGCCAAGCAAGGCUGGUGAUGCACAUCGAGAGGGACAGCAGGAAGACCUCCCCAGGCAAGGAGCGGCAGCCGAGCGGCAGCGAGUACCUGGCCAGGUGCCUGGACCUCCUCAUCCGCCACAUCGUGCGGGAAGUGCCGCGCCUCCUGGGUGACAUUCUCACCGCCCUGGCUAACGUGUCCGGUCGUAAACACCCGUCAACGGUUCAGGCGAAGCAGCUGAAGCUUUGUCUCCCCCUGAUGCCCGUGGUGCUUCACCUCGUCACCUCCCAGGUAUUUCGACCUCGAGUUGUAACGGAAGAGUUCCUUUUCAGUUAUGGAACCAUUCUUAGUCAUAUUAAGUCGAUAGACUCAGGAGAAACUAACAUAGAAGGAGCCAUAGGACUGAUGGCAUCGGAAGAAUUUAUCAAGAUCACGUUGUCGGCUUUUGAAGCAAUAAUACAGUAUCCUGUUUUACUGAAGGACUAUUGCUCUACGGUUGUUGAUUAUAUCCUGCCACCCUUGGUCUCCUUGGUUCAAAGCCAAAAUGUGGAGUGGAGGCUCUUCAGCUUGCGGUUGCUCUCAGAAACCACAUCUCUGCUGGUGAACCAGGAGGGCGGGGAUGGCAAGGAGGCUGCGCCCAUCGACUCCGACAGCAACCUUCUGGCUCUCAUUAGAGAUGUCCUCCUUCCCCAGUACGAGCACGUCCUCACGGAGCCUGGCCCGGUCCCGGCCUACGCCCUGAAGCUGCUGGUGGUGAUGACCGCGCACAGCCCCGCCUUCACCAGACUUGUGGAGGAAAGCAAACUGAUCCCACUCAUUUUCGAAGUCAUCCUGGCCCACCAGGAGAACAUUCUGGGUAACACCAUGCAAAGUGUGAUUGCAUUGCUCCACAACCUGGUUGCCUGCAAGGAUUCGAACAUGCAGCUGCUUUAUGAACACGGACUGGUCCAUCAUGUCUGUAACCUGUUCACCGAAACGGCCACACUGUGCUUGGACGCGGACAACAAAAACAACAAUGAGACGGCAGCCGCGCUGCUCUGCUCCCUGCUGGAUGUGCUGCACGGCAUGCUGACCUACACGUCCGGGGUCGUGCGGCUGGCCCUGCAGGCGCAGAAGUCUGGCUCCGGGGGCGACACUCAGGCGGCGGAGGACCUGCUGCUGCUCAGCAAACCCCUGACAGACCUCGUCAGCCUGCUCAUCCCGCUGCUCCCUUCUGAGNNNCCUGAAAUUUUUGAAGUUGCAUCCAAGUGUCUGUCUAUCCUGGUCCAGCUCUACGGGGGAGAACACCCGGACAGCCUGUCCCCUGAGAACGCAGAGAGCUUUGCCGACUCACUGACCUCCAGGGAGGACCCCAAGGAGCAGAAGCUGCUGCUGCGGAUUCUCAGGAGGAUGGUCACCUCCAACGAGAAGCACCUGGAGAGCCUGAAGGGUGCGGGCAGCCUCCUGCGGGCGCUGGAGCGGCUGGCCCCGGCUGGCGGUUCGUCUGCCGACAGUGCGGUGGCCUCCUUGGCCCUGGAAAUCCUCCAAACUGUUGGACACUAGGCGAGAAGGCACCGAACACAGGCCCAACCUCGGCUGCACAGGCAAGGCCAGCCCCCGACACGCUCGGCACCCCAGCCGUCCCCGCACCCAAUAAAGCCAGCUGACGCCCGAGCCUGCGGCUGCAGUGCUCUCCCUCACUGUGGGCCCUGGAAACCGCCUCCGAACAGAGCCUCGUCCUGGGGGCACCCAGGAAGCCACGUUUGCCCCUGGGCUCAGAACGUCCUUUCGGUGUGGCGCGGGCCAGCCCGCCUGCGGAGACCGAAGGCAGCGCCCAGCCAGCCUUGGGAAGUGUUAGCCUGUCUCCCCCCACUUUGACCGCCUGGCUGUCCUUCCUCUCAGGGACACACUGAGUCCCAGAACCCCUGCAGGCACAGGCAGUUAGGAGUUUGCCUGCAGAAAUGCCAGUGCUCCAGGAACGCUGGCUUCCAGGAAGGUCUGCCCAUCAGGGUGGGUGGAUGGCAUCCAAGUAGAAUUGUCCCCCCAACUUCUACAUUACUCCCAAAUCCUUGAACCUCUUCAGCCUCUCCCUAUGUUCCCUCACACACAUGCCAAGAACCUCCUGUGAGCGUCAUGCCCAUGAAAACAUUUGGCGGACAGUGCAGAGGUGUUGGGCCGAGGCAUCUGGCCUGGAAGGUGGGACGGGUCCUGGGCAGCUCAGACCAGGUGAGCAAGUGGAUGCAUCCCCUGGUCUCUGGGGCCUCAGUGUCUGAUCUGCAGAAGGAAAGGGCUAGACCAGCCAACAGCUGCUACCCUUCUCUCUGCUGUGGGACUGCACUGCUCAGAGGGGAUGCGCCCUAAUAAACACUGCCCCUGCCUAGGUGGGGCUGUCCCCUGCAGAGCGGGUGGGGCAGCAGAGGUCAAAGGCCCACUUUGCCACAGUGAUCAGGGUAGUUUGCCAAGUUCAUUGGGCUUUAUAAAGAAAGCAGCUUGUGCCAACUCUCAAAGGCAUGUCUGUCAGUCCCCACCACAACCUGCGAAGCAAGCUUCUCCGCUUCCUUUCAGGCCACCUACUUGCGUGGCUGACCUCAGGACUGACUCCAUAGCCCUGUGUCCCCCGUGGGUGUCCAGAGCUUGAGCUGUAAGAGGCUGUCCCGUCCC